AUGACCAACACAACGAGCCUUGAUAUGUCGAAUAGACAGCCCCAGACAAACCACCGCUCGUUAUCCCUGUCGCAACAUGAAGACGACCCGGAAAUCCGCCAAAAAUACCGCCCAUUCAUCCUCGAAGACACCGCGGACUGGGUCAGCACAUUGGAACUGACAACAGCCCUAAACAUGGCAGAAGCCAACCUGCAGACCACCAACUCGCGACUCAAAGUCCUCGUCCUCUACGGCAGUCUCCGCCGACGCUCCUACUCGCGCCUGGUCGCCUUCGAGGCGUGUCGGAUCCUCUUCCGCCUGGGCUGUGACGUACGCGUCUUCGAUCCGGAGGGCCUCCCCGUGAAAAACGACACCGACCACGGCCACCCGAAGGUGCGCGAGCUGCGCGAGCUCAGCCGGUGGAGCGACGGCCAUGUCUGGGUGUCGCCCGAGCAGCACGGGAACCUGACGGCCGUGUUCAAGAACCAGAUUGACUGGAUCCCGCUGAGCACGGGGAGUAUCCGGCCGACGCAGGGCCGCACGCUGGCGAUCGCGCAGGUGUGCGGCGGCUCGCAGUCGUUCAACGCGGUCAACUCGCUGCGGAUUCUGGGACGGUGGAUGCGCAUGUUUGUCAUUCCUAAUCAGUCGUCGAUCCCGAAGGCGUACACGCAGUUUCCGGACGAGGGGCAGGCGGACGACCAGCGGUUGAUGGCGAGUGGGAAUCGCGACCGGUUGGUGGAUUGUAUGGAGGAGUUUGUCAAGUACACGAUCGUGAUGCGGCCCCACUUGGAGCUUUUUGGGGAUCGGUACAGCGAGCGCGAGGAGGCGAGGGUGAAGGCUGAAAAAGGGAAGAAUACAUAA